AUGUUCUUCAAGUCACUGGACCUGACUACUGCGCUCAGACCCUUGUUAUUGCCCGAUGAAACCGUCCUCUUUGUCCAAGAUGCAGUAGGGCUGUAUAAAGGAGUAUGUUACGUCGCGGUCGACGACCCGCGCAAAUACUCUGUGGCUAUUGAUCUGAAAGAACUGGAUCGCGUAGAGUCUCAGAAAACCGACAAGUCGAGGAGUGCAACGUCUAGCCCCGCUGUCUCCCAGCAAUCGACGCUCCAUCCGACGCAGUCAUUGUCUCACCUUCCACAAACGAAUCACUCCCAGGGAUCGGCACCUUUUAAACCAAUAAAUGCGACUUGGGUUUGUCCCAUAUGCACAUUCUCCAACCCAGUGCCUUCCAACUUUGAUCCCGCGACAGCUAGUGCAGCUACACAUUUGCCUCCUUGCCUAGCAUGUGGGAUAAAGCCACCAUUUACGACGGUACUGAAAGCAGCAAUCAGUGCUGCAACGACCCGAGAUUCUCCCCUGCCUAGCAUGGUCUCAUCCCCAGCCAUCCCACAGAAUACCCCACAACCUAACAACAGUGGGUCUGUUGGCCCCGGAGGAUCUGUUUCCUGCCCCCGUUGUACAUUUGUGAACCACCCAUCUCUCUCUGAAUGCGAGAUUUGCGGAGCGCCUCUAUCUGCUGGCCCUUCAGGCAACGCCAACCGUGUAGACUCCCCUGCGCCAUUAUUCGAACAAUCUCAUAUCGCAAACACGGAAGUCAGUGAUAGUAUCAAGCUUUCUUUCCGGGAAGGUGGUGAUAAGACUUUCUAUGAGAGGCUUAGAGGAGCCUUGGUUCAGAGAAAAUGGCUCUUGCAAGAUGCGCCUCCUGUCCCUCCGCCAUCUCAGGCCACAUCCUCCCCGGGUUUACCUCCUUCUGCCAAUGGCGUUGAAAGUCCCCAAAUUUCAGCUCCUCGACCUGCAGGCGUUGGCAUCGCUGGAUUAGAGCGGCGGGGACUAGAAGCGCGGAAGAAGAAUGAGCUAGUCAUAGGUAACGCCUUUGAAGAUCUGGAGGCCUUGAUGGCCUCUGCUAAGCAAAUCGUUGCUCUAGCCGAGACCUUAGCUCGAGAAUCCGGCAUGACUACAAACGACGGCUCAGCCGAGACUAGCGCGGUACUUUCCGAGUCUGCAGCAGCAUUAGGAAUGGUCACCACCAAAGACAUGCUCAGUUCAGGAUCAGAGAAUCUUUACCUGUCAGAGCUUUCGCGUGACCUGGCGGAAUACCUCACAGAUGACCGGAAAGGUAUUCUACAACGAGAAGGCGGUAUCAUGAGUCUUAUAGACCUCUGGGCGGUCUUCAACCGCUCGCGCAACGGGGUAGAACUCGCCAGCCCUGCCGAUUUCCAAAAAGCAGCCGAGCUAUGGGAAAAGCUCAAAUUACCCGUUCGUCUUCGGCGGUUCAAAAGUGGUCUUCUUGUCGUCCAGCGAUUCGACUGGAGUGACGAGAAGACGAUCGGAAAACUGCAGGACUGGAUGGAGGAACUCCGACGCUUUCCUCCUGAUGAUCCUGUUCCUUGGGAUUGGACUCUCUUCGGGCGGGCUGUUACAGCACAAGAGGCUGCGCAUCGCUUCAAGUGGAGCGUCGGGGUGGCUGCUGAAGAGCUGGAGAUGGCUGAAGAUCGGGGCAUUCUCUGUCGCGAAGAAGGGAUCGAGGGUCUUAGAUUCUGGAACAAUCAUAUAUCAUCGGAGCUUGAUGAUUUCUCUCGUCUUCUUAUUUGA